GCUAUCGAGACCGGGUGGUACCGGCCCGGAGAGAGAGAAAAAAAGAGAGAAAGAGAGUUUUUAAAUAAUCGUCUAUCCUUCGGUCGACUUAGGAAGAGGAAGAUAUCCCGGGUCGUUCGACCGUGCAUUUUGUGCUACACGGAUUAAGCCGAAUCGGAAAGACGAUGGAGAAAGAUCAGCCGGACUCCCUGGCGACUGUCGCUGUCGUCUCGGAGAAGAUGCCGCAGACCCACAGCCACUAUGCGCCAAGUGAGGUCUACUCCACCACCGAGCCACCACCGGCGUACAUGAGACCGCCGAUGAAAAGCACGGCUGUGCAGAUCGCCAGGAUCGCCGCUAUUACUCUGAUCACGAUGUCCGUCGUGCUCGGUAGCUUUAUCCUGGCGGCAUCCUGGGUCCAGGCUAGAGCGUCCUGCACGCCGGAAUCGAUCGCAGCGAUGCAGGCUGAGUUGAAGCUUCAACAUCAGCAGAACUACGGAUCGUAUCAGCCGCAAGGUGAAUUCUUGAAACAUUUACAGCCGGAAGCUCUGGUGCAGGAACCCGUCGAAUCAAAGGAUUCUCUGCAAAGUCUCGCUGCGCCAGUAAAGAAGGAAGUUGAGCCGGACACUAAAGACAUGAAAACUCAAGAAGGAGAAAACAGCUCAAAAUCUGACAAUGAGAAUGGCGAUCGCGACGAUGAUGAUGAUGAUUACGAUGACGAUGAAUUCCCUCCUGUACAUAUCAAGCUUCCUCUUCAGUUGGAUCUCGACGACAUUGCAGGCACGUUAAUUCAACAAGCUCGUAGCAGAGUUUCCUGUGUAGUUGAAAGACGACGAGCCGACGAGGUGAUGGACGGAACCGGUGACAACGGUUUAGAUAACAGUACCGAUCCACAACGUUUCCAAAGACUAAGCGGCGAGCGAGUUGCUAUUCUUUGCGAAUCAGGCAGUCCAAACCAGGAGCAGCAAGAGCAAGAGAUGCUUACUCCAAUCAUCGUGCCCUUAGGCACCGUUCAGAUUCCCCUCCAGUCCCAGGAACCUAACCCGGGCUAUCAUCAAUACCAAAUACAUACCCAGUAUCAAGUUCCCGAUAUGCAGCAAUUGCCGCUUAGCGACCCACGAGGAUUGAAUCACAUCCCCCCGGGUGUACUUCCUCCUGAGCUUCGUAAUCUUCCUCAGUUGACUAUGGAGAUGAGACCGCCCCGAAUGGGCCCGCAGACGCCCGUGAUGGGACCUCAGAGUAAUCCGAUGGGACCACAAAUCGAAAUGCGUCAGAUCCCUAUCGAACUGCGUCACUUCCCGAUGGACCCAAUGAGGGGUAUGCGCCCGAUGGUUCAGGAGCCUCGUCAGGAACCACAACAGGUUUCAAUGGUGUAUCAGCAGCAGGCCGAGCAAGUUCCCAAUACCUACAAUCAGGAGCAAGGUCCAGCUAUGAUGCCACCGCCUCCUCCACAAGCCGAGGCACAGGAGCAAGACCCAAGAAUACAUCAGCAGAUACCACCAAUGAUGAUCCCGCAAACUGAACAGAGGCCACCUGCUCCACCUCAGAUCACACCUGAAAAGCCACGCUCUCCCUUCCAGGGCAUUCCCAUAGAAAUCAGGAGAAUAAUUCAGCAAGUUCCGUUGGAAAUUAAGAACAUCAUCCAGCAUAUUACUGGCGAAGCCAGGGCGAUCCCGGUCCAAGUACCAGAGGGGGCACGUCGCGAGGAACUCAAACCGUUCCCGGAAGGCGCACGGCCAAUACCAUUAGGACCAUUCCCACUUCCGGUGGAAGUGAGAAAUUUGAUUGAACAUGGAAAUAUCGAAGGUCGUCAACGUCCGGAUGGCGGCGAAGAUCAACAGGAAGCGAAGGCUUUCCCAGGUCCGGAGGAUGACAGCGAAGAAACAGAAAGAAACUUCCCCAUUCCAAUGGAAAUCCGUAAUAUAAUUCACCAGGUGGUAGAAGGUCGUGCUUUCCCGUUUCCGAGAUUUGCAUUGAGACCGGUCAAAACCUUGGAGAUACCGGUAGAAGCGCAUGCUGAAGUAACCGAUGGCCAAUCUUCUGAACAACAACAACAACCCGAGCAUCGAGAACAACAGGAGCAACAUCAGGCAGCACAUAUGAUGAGUAUUCAGCAGCAGCAGCAGCAGCAGCAGCAACAACAAGAACAACAACAGCAACAGCAACAGCAACCCAUGCAGGAGGAAGAGUCUCGCCCGCAUUAUGUGCAGCCACGCUCCGUGCGCUCCGUACCAGAUGAAGUCUUCUUGCAUCGUCGUGAAAAGCGCGUGCGUCGUUGCGCCUGUGAUUGCGCGUGCUAAAGGAUGCAGUUGAUUGUAUCCAUCAGACGGAACGAAUUGUCAAAAGAGUCCGUCCAAAAUAAAAUUAAAAGUUCUAAAUGAGCACGCCAUUCACGCACAUUUUGAUCAGACGUUCGCUGCAGUUUGGCGAGUGAAACAAAACGCGAAAAAAAUAGUUGGAAUAUAUUUUCAUUAGCGUUGCAACCACUGCAAAUACAUCGAAUUGCUGAUCGCAUUAAAUUUUCCCGAGCCAAAAUAUUUUUACUGUUAUCAUUAUAGCAAACCACGAUAUCCGAGUAACUUUUCUUCCAGAUUGAUCCAAGUUCCAUUUGAGAGAAGCGCUUGAUAAAAAACGAAGAGUCUCGAAUUAUAUUAACAAACUGGCAUUUACGAUAAAGUAUUGUACGAAAUUGAUAUUUUUAUCUCGCGCGGUAGAUUAAUCGAAGCAUACAGUUGACAAUUAAAAAUAAGUGUGCUUAUCGAGGAACAAUAUCCUGGUUUAACAAUACGUAAUUGAUUUCAGAAUAUUUUCCCUUCUUUAUUGGCCAACAGUACGAGAUUAAGACCGUUUAUAAACGUUAUACAUUUUACCAACAAUAUGCGAAUUGUUGAUAGGCAUGAGUGAUAGUUUUCAAAUCAAUUUAAUUGACUACAUCUCGUUAUAUUCUCUUUCAUUCCCGAUUUCUCUCAUAGAGAGAAAGAAUGCGAAGAUAGUUUAGAAAUCUGUGAUUUUCCUAUAUAAAUCCUUGUGAAAACGUGCUGCUAACAAUGCGGUACACAUACACGCACGGUCAAAGAUAAUUAAUAAUUAAAAUUUCUGUACAAUAAUCGUCUUUUACAUUCCGUUAUUAACUUUGUAUUUUUGUUUAUUUCCUUAUUAUAACCCCCGCCUCGCCCUUAAAGUGA